CGACGGUCUAGAGAGAACCCUUGUUCUGUUCCGGAAGAGCGAGAGCAAGAGCGAUCGAGAGCGGGGCGAUUGCAAUGAGGAGAAUUCCCUUAAUCAAGUUUCCGCAGAGGCAUCUUCCUGCUAAGCCCUCAGGGACCUCUUCGCCUUCUGAUGAGAUGGCCUUCCUCAAAUCAAGAAUUGAGUCCCAGCCAAAGGCUGCCUCCUCAUCUGGUGAUAGUCCGAGUUAUAGAUUUCGUUCAAAUGUUCCAGCCCCUCCUUCCAACACUGCUGUAGGUGGAAAGGCUUCACUUUUACCAAAGCGCACACCGGUCUCAGAUAGUGAGAUUGAGGCUAUCCUGUUGGGUGGUUGCUUCUGAUUUUGUUUUAUGAUGAAUUUGGGAGUUCACUCCUACGAAUAAUAUGGAGCUGGAGUUUGAUCUAUCUGAGAAUGCAUGAGUGGUCUCAUGACUUAACCAGUGCAUUUGUAGCAACAAUUUGAGGUCUGAACUUCGAUCAAUAUUUUUCUAUUGUAACAUGAUGGCUUUUGUUAACGACUCAAUUUAUUAAUCGACUCCAAGAUUAUAUGUGAUGUUAUUAUUAUUAAAUUGGAUUGCUCGAGUACUUGAAUUUAAAAUAAUUUUAUAUGAUUUAAGAUUUGUUAAAUUGUCCCCAGGGUGCCCAAUUGGCCAAAGCCUGAGUAGGUUGGAAAAUAUCAUUUUACUCCUUGGAACUCAAAUUCUAUUCAUUUCUCUUUUCUUGUAUUAGGGAUGAUAAUUUUUUUCGAAUUUGAUAUUUGAUCCUAGAGGAAGGUAUAGAGGAAAUUUUUAGAUCGGAUUUAAUAAACUUCUAUUCAUAUUUUACCUGAUAUAUAGAUAUAUAUACUGUCCGGAAAGAAAAAACUUUCUUUCCAUAUUAGAAAAAAAUUUUAUUUUACCUCCUCACAACGCUCUCAUGAAACGUUUUCUUUUUCAUGCGAAAUCCUCCCCUAAUCAAAUAUUUGAAUAAAAUAUUGGGGCAAUUUGAAAUUUCAUCAAACCAAUAAGUCAACGGAUGCCGCCUUACCCUCAAACCUCACGCCCCCCGAGCUGCUUGGACCAUGAGCUUCCACUGGAGCUCCUCCGCCUCUCUUCUCCCGUCUCCUCUCUCUUCCUGCUUCCGUCCCCAGAAACCUCCGGCGUUUGUUCCGCGAAGACAAACCAAGAUGGCGGCUAUGCCCGUCGCUGUCGUCUCUUCUCUUCCUCUAGGAGUCGACGACCUCGUGGACCUUGCCCGCAACAAAGUGUUGGUGGCGGCCGCGGUCGCUGGUACCAUUGGGCAACUCGCCAAGCCUCUCACCUCGGCGAUCGGGGGGAAGGGCAUCGACUUCAGGGCGGCGGUUCGGUCGGGAGGCAUGCCGUCUACUCAUUCCUCUGCCGUUACUGCUGUGGCUACUUUGCUUGGGCUGGAGAGGGGAUUCUCUGACUCCAUCUUUGGCAUGUCUGUUGUAUUUGCUGCUCUAGUUAUGUAUGAUGCUCAGGGUGUUAGGAGAGAGGUGGGCAUUCAUGCCAAGAUCCUUAAUAGGAUUCAAAAAUCCCAUACAGAGGAUGACUGCGGGAACAACAAACUUACAAGUUCCGCCAUAAACAGCAAGGAAAAAUUGCCUGUUCUCUCCAUUUCCGACAAGGAAGAUGCUUAUGGAUCCAGUUCAGAUUCUUACUCAUUCCAAAGACUUGCUACCACAUCCACUGAGUCGAAGAUUUCAAAAGUGGACACUAAAGAACCAAUUCAUACGAAACACUACAGUCGCAGCGAAUUGAAUGAAUCAGUUGGGCAUACAGAGAUUCAAGUUAUAGCUGGUGCCAUUUUAGGUUUAGUUGUGGGUUUAGCCACAGAACUUGUUUUGUAAGUAUAUUCCUCAAACAAGUGUAUUAUUUUGAGCUAAUUGUCCUGUUUGUGGGUGAUUAGUCGCCUUACAGA